UUGGUUUCUCUCUUUUCAGGUUUCGACCGGGGGAAAGAAGAUUCCCUGCCUCCGAAAGAGGACUCGUCUCACUCCAUAUCCAAGAGCAAGUCAGAGUCCAAGCUCUACAAUGGCUCCGACAAGGAUGUCUCGUCGUCCGGUAACAAGCUCACCAAGAAGGAGUCGCUCAAGGUACAGAAGAAGAACUACCGCGAGGAGAAGAAGAGAGCCACCAAGGAGCUCCUCAGCACCAUCACAGACCCCUCUGUUAUUGUCAUGGCUGACUGGCUCAAGAUCCGGGGGACUCUGAAGAGCUGGACCAAGCUGUGGUGUGUGCUGAAGCCGGGGGUUCUUCUCAUCUACAAGACCCAUAAGAACGGCCAGUGGGUGGGCACGGUGCUGCUCAACGCCUGCGAGCUCAUCGAGAGACCCUCAAAGAAGGACGGCUUCUGUUUCAAACUCUUCCACCCGCUGGAGCAGUCCAUCUGGGCAGUCAAGGGUCCUAAAGGAGAGGCGGUGGGUUCCAUCACACAGCCAUUACCCGGCAGCCACCUCAUCUUCCGAGCCACCUCUGAGUCAGACGGCCGUUGUUGGAUGGAUGCUCUGGAGCUGGCUCUGAAGUGCUCCGGCCUCCUGAAGAGGACCAUGAUCCGCGAGGGCAAGGAGGAGCUGGCCAGCACAGCUGGGGAGAGCUCCCAAAUUAACUUCUACAGCCUGCUGAGAGCCCACAACAUGCAGGGUUUCCAGUUCAACGACAGUGACCAGUUCAAGGACCCUGACCUGUACUCAGACAAGUCGGACCGGGAGGGGGAGCAGGACCACGAGGAGUCAGACGUGGAGGGUCUGGGGAAGAGCGAGGAGAGUGACAGUGACACGUCGGAACGUCAGGAUGACUCCUACAUUGACCUUGACCCCAACGAGGCCCUGCGGGAGACUCCGUACCUGGAACAGUCCCAGGAGGAGCUGGGAGAGGCUGGUGAGGCCUCCCAGACAGAGACGGUGUCGGAGGAGAAUAAGUCUCUGAUCUGGACGCUGCUGAAGCAGGUCAGGCCUGGGAUGGACCUGUCUAAGGUCCUGCCCACCUUCAUCCUGGAGCCACGCUCCUUCCUGGACAAGCUGUCCGACUACUACUACCAUGCGGACUUCCUCUCUGAGGCAGCUGUGGAGGAGAAUGCCUACAACAGGAUGAAGAAAGUAGUGAAGUGGUAUAUCUCUGGAUUCUACAAAAAGCCACAGGGCCUGAAGAAGCCAUAUAACCCCAUCAUCGGUGAGACCUACCGCUGCAUGUGGCUCCAUAGCAAGACCAACAGCAAGACAUUCUACAUUUCUGAACAGGUGUCCCAUCAUCCUCCAGUGUCAGCGUUCUACGUCAGUAACAGGAAGGACGGCUUCUGUCUCAGCGGAAGCAUCCUGGCCAAGUCCAAGUUCUACGGAAACUCCUUGUCUGCCAUAUUGGACGGAGAGGCUCGGCUCACAUUUCUCAACAGAGGAGAAGACUACGUCAUGAACAUGCCCUACGCCCACUGCAAAGGCAUCCUGUAUGGCACCAUGACUCUGGAGCUGGCUGGCCAGAUCACCAUUGCCUGUGAGAAGACAGGAUAUAGUGCCCAGCUCGAGUUCAAACUCAAGCCGUUCUUGGGUAACAACGACAGUGUAAACCAGGUCUCUGGAAAGAUCAAGCUGGGGAAGGAGGUGCUGGCUACGCUGGAGGGACACUGGGACAGUGAAAUCUUCAUCAACGAUAAGAAGACCGGGGUGGUGGAUACGUUUUGGAACCCCACUGCAGAGCUGCGUCAGAGCAGGCUGACCCGCUGCACCGUGCCUCCUGAGGACCAGGGAGACUAUGAGUCUGAGAGGUUAUGGCAGCAUGUAACGAGGGCCAUCAACAACAAGGACCAGACAGAGGCCACCAAUGAGAAGUUUAUCCUGGAGGAGGCUCAGAGGAAGUCAACCCGCGAGCGCAAGGCCAAGUGUGAGGACUGGGCGCCCGGGCUCUUUGAACAGGACCCCGUCACCGGAGAGUGGCAUUACAGAUAUGCCGACACCCGACCGUGGGAUCCGCUGAAUGAUAUGAUUCAGUUUGAGAAAGACGGCUGGAUCCAGACUAAAGUGCGGCAUCGCACCCCUAUGGUACGUUCUGCCAGUGUAAUUAGUCUCAGUAACCAGGGCCCCAGGAGGGAUGGCAAUUGCAAGUGCCAGGUGUACAAGCGUGUGUGUGCGGUGCGUGAGUGUUUUUGUGUAACAGGGACCAAAAGAAAGCACAAGCACAGUGACAAGCCCAAGAAACCUGAGAGUGGCUGCUCCUCCCCAGAACCUGACCGCCAGGACUCCUCCGGCAGCGAGCGACACAAAAGCAAGCACAGUAGCCGGUUAAGGAAAAAGGGCCCAGACCUUAGUGAACUUCAAAGUGCCAUUGAUUCUAUAAAGAAGACACAGGAGAACAUUUACAAGAGCAUCGGUGUGCUGCGCUCCCGAACGACAGUGGGCCAGGCGGCAGCGGAGGGCGGAUUCCUGCAGCAGCGCGACUACGCCAUCAUCAUCCUCCUCAUCCUCCUUCAGGUCUUCAUCAACUUCCUGUUCAAGUAGCAGCCGACAGACUGACAGAGAGAGAGACACCGAUGGAGAGAGACAGACAGGACUGAUGGGGGGUUUGUCCAGGCUAAGGAGGAGAAACCGUCUGGAAGUGAAUGAACUUCAAGAGCAGCCAGUAGCUCUGCCUCAACCUUCUCUCUCUCUCUCUACUGAGUUGACCCUGCCCCACUGUCCUCAGACGGGCCACCAUUGUCACACACACGUCUCCAAAGCAAGCAUUCCUGAAAGAGGCUCCUCAAAAAAACUGAAAUAGUUUUUAAUUUCUAUUUAUUUGUACCUGUUUAAAGAUCCAUGUAUUUUGAAAGGGGGAGUGGCACCGGCCAGGACUGAAGGGAAGUUGAGGUCAGUGUUCGGCCUUAGCCGGCGUCAUGAUGUCGUCAACUGGGCCUUGGAGAAGGCAUUGACAUCUGGCGGCCAUUUUUAAUUUUGCUAACGGACACCGCUCCUUGCAUUUCACAUUGCCCCCAUUUCACCCGCCUCCCCAACGACAGGGAACAUUUUACACUGAGACUUUUGAAGAAAAAUUACUUUCAUUCAAUUUUUUUUUUUAAAGACUGUUCAUUUGUUUUGUUUGUUUGGUGUGUCCUUUGUGAGUAGAACCUCUAGUUAAAAAAUAUACGAGAAGGGAGAAGAACAGAUUUAAGCGGUCCAAUAUAUGUGACGUUCUUUUGAAGCUUUGACAAGGCUCGAGCUUCCUAGCUUUGACGGUUAAUCGGCAAACAAAGGAAAGUAAUUGUAAUCAAUCGAUUUGAAUCGUUCCACUCAAAUUUGUAGACAAGGUCAAUUGUAUAAACUAGAUGCUUGACAUGAAUUGUUGCUGUGUGGUUAACAUGUACAGGUAGGAUGAAUGUUCAGCUGAUCACUUGCCCGAUAGUGUGUAAACAUGACGAUGACACCUAGUGGACAGUAGAGUCCCCAGUGGGGAGGCUGUUCAUAGACUUUUGUACAGUAGUAACUCAGCAUUGUCAGCCAGUCAGAAAUCAACUAGAUGUAGUGAAAACCUGCCAGAUGCAGUGUUUCAGGUGUAGUGUAGGCCGUCAGUUCACUUCCUGUGUACAUAGCUAACGGACUGACUCACUCAUAGCAGUUUUGUUCUUUCCUAAAGAGCUGUUCUUUCACACAGACAAGACCCUCUGUGGAACAAGCCAGUCUGCCAUUAUCAAUACCCCAUUACCUCGGUGUCUCUGUGGGCUGCCCACUCUGUGUGUGUCUGUCGUCAUGGCCUCGUCACUGUCGUUCACUCAUCCAAACCAGACGUUUAGAAUGUGGUCACAAGAAAAUAACACCAGUGCCUUCUAGAGU